AGAGGUUUCUAAAUCCCGAGAUCAGUUCUAUUCAAAUAGUCAAAGUGUUCAGAAGACAGCGCAACAAGGUUGAAUAUUAUAAGGAUGGAGUCUAAUCGUCUGAUUAGCCUAGCUUGUUUCUUGCUUCUGCUGGUGGAGUUGGGAGCUGCCCGACCCAACCCAAGUGGGGUCAACGAGUGGGUUCGCAACCAGGCCCUGGAUUUGGGACUAACCGAUCCGGAAUACGAUGAACUGAGGCGCAGCGGACAGCCCCUCAUUAAAACCACCCAGAACGAUAAUGGAGAGCGAGUUUCACUGACGUACGAGCUAAGUCCCGACGGAAGUAAGAUUUCUCGGACUAGACUCAGAGAGCUGCGACUUCCCAGCGGAUCCGGCGGCUAUCGGGGCUCAGAGAACAUACAGAACUGGGAGUACGUCUCCAGCCCACCUCGCCAACCUUUCCGUCCGAUUGUGGAACCCGAUUUCCUGGCCAGGUUCUUCGACAACCCCUUCAUAAAUCCCCUGGGAAUCGGCUUUCCCCAGUUUGCCACACUUUUCCCGGACUUCAAUCCGCCUCCUGGCGUAACGCCCCAUGUCACAACCAAAACGUUUUCGGAUCCCUCCGGCAGAGACUACACGGUCACCACCAGCCAUUGGAGCACCCACUCCAGUUCCGGACAAAACCCGUUCUUGGCUCCCAGAAGUUUCGACCAGCUAAUACCCAGAUUUCCCAACAUAGGUAGCCGACUUUAUCCCAAUAAUCCGAGCUUGCCUCCGGCCCCAUCAUAUGGUAACAGUGGUCCCGCGAACCCCAACCUCAACCCAGUUGCAGCAGGUGGCUCCAGUCCACCAAGUUUCUCACCAACCUAUCCAACUAACACGGAGCCGCAAGGUGCCGGCAACACAGAUGGAUGGGUGCCAGUGGAGCAGCCAACUUCCACCCAAAGGACCAUAGUGCCACUGCCCACUCUACCACCCCUGAAGGCGGGAGAAAAUGCCUCGGACAGUGUCAUCGACGACUUCCUGGCCAAGGUCGAUCUGACUCCCACGGAGAUCGAGGAGGAGAACGGGGAAGUGGUCAGGACCAUUGUGGACAAAAAUGGACGAGUUUUGAGUGCCAGGUUCGUACUGAGCACCGUCAAGGGGGAUAACGAGCCCUUGAAGCAGACAAAGCCCACCAAGUAAACCAUUAAUUACUUUCUAUAACAUGGAAUAUGGGAAAAUGUAUGGAAAAUAUUAAAAACUUAUAUUCUUGAUAUUUAGUCAGGUAAAAUAAUCGAAAAUAAAUAUAAAUAUGUUCCGCCGAA